AUGGCGUCCGUCAAGCUCGGCUCCAAGCCUGACGCCUUCAAGCGGCAAGGCCAGGCAUGGUUCUGCACAACAGGACUUCCUAGCGAUGUCACCGUUGAGGUUGGGGAUAUGUCUUUCCACCUUCACAAGUUCCCUUUACUUUCAAAAAGUGCCUUUCUCGAACGGUCGAUUGAAGAAAAUUCAGACCAAGAAGAAUGCAUCAUCAAACUAAAUGACAUUCCUGGGGGUGCCAAGUCAUUUGAGCUAGUUGCAAGGUUCUGCUAUGGUGUGAAAAUAGAGCUUUCUCCUGCAAAUGUUGUCUACCUACGAUGUGCCUCAGAGCAUCUAGAAAUGACCGAAGCAGUGGCUGAGGAAAACCUGAUUGCCCAGUCAGAAAUGUUCCUCAACCAAGUGGUUCUCCGUAACUGGAAAGAUUCCCUGACAGCAUUGGAGACAUGUGAUGACCUACUCCCCCAUGCUGAAGACCUCCAGAUUGUGAAGAGAUGCAUCGAGUCGUUAGCAUCAAAAGCUACUACUGAUCCAAACCUCUUUGGAUGGCCGAUAAGGGAACAUGGCAUGAUGCAAAGCCCAGGUGGCAGUGUACUGUGGAAUGGGAUCAGCACGGGUGCAAGGCCCAGAAACUUCAAUUCAGACUGGUGGUAUGGUGAUGCUUCAUCAUUGAGUUUCCCCAUGUACAAGAGGUUAAUCUCCACCAUGGAGUCUCGAGGCAUUCGGCCUGAAAUAAUUGCUGGUUCCUUGACCUACUAUGCCAAGAAGUAUCUUCCAGGACUCAAUAGGCGUCAUAGUCAUAGCAUGGGCACAGUGGCUCCUACGGCUACUCUAUCUGAGGUUGAACAGAAAAACUUACUUGAGGAGAUCAACCGGCUAUUGCCCGUUCACAAGGGUGUAGCAUCAACAAAAGUUCUGCUUGGGCUCCUUCGCACGGCCAUGAUUCUGAAAGCCAGCCCCACGUGCAUCUCUAACUUGGAGAAACGGAUUGGCAUGCAACUAGACCAGGCCACUUUGGAGGAUCUACUGCUGCCAAAUUUCUCCUACACAAUGGAAACUCUGUACAAUGUGGAGUGUGUGCACAGGAUUCUUGAUCAUUUCUUGGCAAUGGACCAGGCAAAUGGCGGCGAGUCCCCAUGCUUGGAUGAUGUUAUGGCAUCCCCAUCCUUGGCACCGAUCACAAGUGUUGCCAAGCUAAUUGAUGGCUAUCUUGCAGAAAUUUCACCAGAUAUCAAUUUGAAGCCUUCUAAGUUCCAAGCUCUGGCAUCUGCUAUCCCUGAAUAUGCCCGGCCACUGGAUGAUGGACUUUAUCGUGCCAUUGAUAUAUACUUGAAGGCUCAUUCCUGGCUAUCAGAAGCUGAAAGGGAGCAGCUCUGCCGGCUGUUGGACUGCCAGAAGCUCUCCCUGGAAGCAUGCACUCACGCCGCCCAGAACGAGAGGCUGCCGCUGCGCGUGGUGGUGCAAGUCCUCUUCUUCGAGCAGCUCCAGCUGAGAACCUCGAUCGCAGGGUGCCUGCUGGUCUCCGACAACCUCGAAGGCUCCAGGCCUCUGCGGAGCGGCAUCGCGACGUCUGGCGAGGCUGGGGGCUGGGCCACGGCUGUCCGAGAGAACCAGGUCCUGAAGGUCGGCAUGGACAACAUGCGGAUGCGACUGGCCGAGCUGGAGAAGCAGUGCUCGAGCAUGCGGCAGGAGAUCGAAAAGCUGGGCGGGCGUGCGGGCAAGGGCAGCGGUGGUGGGUGGGCCUCCCGCGUCGUGCCCCGGCGGCUCGGCCUGAAGGUGAGGUCGCAGAUGUGCAGCGCCCAGGAGGGCUCCGUCAGCGAGCAGCAGAGGAGCAUGAGCGCCAAGCUCGACAAGCUGCAGGCCAAGGUGUCGAAGCAGAAGAAGCAGUUGGCCGCGGAUGCCUGA